UAGCGCAACUCUAAAGCAAGAAGACAGCAACACUGUAUUCAACAAGACUAAAUUUAUUUUUGAUCCCGCGUUUAUCAAUUUAUAUAUUAAAAUGGUGCUUAUAAUGCCCAUUUCUCCGCCAGAGCAUGGUUUGCUUUACACCUCCAACAACAUCAAGCUAAAAUUGGGCGACAAAAUCGUGGGGGAAGGCACGAUUUAUAUCGCUCAAAAUACGCUUUCAUGGCAGCCAAGCGAUUUGCCGGAUGGCAUAUCUAUCGAGUGGAAGCAGGUGAGCCUGCACGGAAUUUCUUCGAAUCCGCGGAAGUGCAUCUAUUUUAUGCUGGACCACAAGGUCGAAUGGCCAGCCGCCGUGCCCGCCGUCAAUGGCCAAAAUGGGGCUGAUCCGGCGGAAGCAGACGAAGACGAAGGAAACGGAAGCGAUGAGUUCGAGGACGCCAUCAAUGAGGAUUUCGUCACUGAGUGCUGGCUUUUGCCCGAGGACAUCCACACGGUGGACACAAUGUACAACGCUAUGACCACAUGUCAGGCUCUCCAUCCAGAUUCGGCAGACAGCAACUCGGAGGACAGCGAUGCUAUGGAGGAUGCCGGGGGCAUGGAUGAUGAGGACAUGGAGGAGGACGCUCUCACGCUUGGACGCAACGGUGGCGAGGUGGGAGGGAUGCAGAAUCUCAGCCUGGAUGACGACGACGAGCGAUUCGAGGACGCAGAUGAGUGAGAAAACUUUUGGGAUAUUUAUACUUUUUUAUAAAUUUUACGAUUUGUAAGAAUACAUAUUUGAUUAGCUUUUGGAGUACUAUAUAAAUAAACGCUGUAAGCGCAUAAGAAUUUA